AGCCAUGCAUCAUUGUCGGUGACCGAAUGAUUAUCACUGGCCAGACCGGCAUGGAUCCGGUGACGUGCCAGACCGCUCCUGAUCUGGAGGCCCAAGUUGCCCAGACCUUUGAGAAUAUCAAGGCUCUGAUCGAGCGAACCUUGCAACAGGCCCAGCAUCCCGCCUACCAAGAGGGAAAGUCCGGCUAGGAGCUUGUCGUCAAGUUACACGCUUACUUUGUCGGCUUGUCGGCGGUGCGAGACGAAGCGCGAGCGAUCAUGGUGCGGCACAUUAAACAGGCGUGCCCUC